ACAAUCUUUAUUGACACUACAGUCUAGUGACAUUUUUUUUUCUCUCGCGCAUGCGUGCAACCAUAUCCUGCGUGUUCCCUGGGCCCUGAAUCCGAUUUCUAUUCCCCGAUGAAGAAGCAGGGUGCCGCGGGACCCGGGGGGGUCACUGACCGCCUCACCAAGCCCAGCUGCCUGAUCGUGGCCAGCGCGGUGACUGGAGGUGUCUCCGCGCCAUCAUUCCUGCAGACCUUCACUCUUGCGAGCUCAGCAUUUAAUCUCCAAGUGGCUUCUCCGGGGGGAAAGGCUUUAGAUUUUGUAGGUGUCAAUGAAAUAGACACAAGAUGGUUCCAGGAUUUCCAGUUGAAGCCAUAUGCCAAUCCAGCAAGAUUGGAGUCCAUAGAUGGCUCUCGGUACCAUGCACUUCUAAUCCCACAUUGCCCGGGUGCUAUGACUGACUUGGCAAACAGCGGUUAUCUGGCGAGGAUCUUGCAGAACUUCAAAGCAGAAAAGAAACCCGUUUGUGCCAUUGGUCAUGGGGUGACUGCCCUCUGUUGUGUCACCAAUGAAGAUAAAUCCUGGAUAUUUCAGGACUACAGCUUAACUGGGCCUUCCGUAUAUGAACUGGUCCGUCAGCCAGACUAUGCCAGCUUGCCCCUUAUAUUGGAGGACUUUGCUAAAGACUCUGGAGCAACAUUUAGUGCCAGUGAGCCGGACGCCAUCCAUGUUGUCUUAGACAGACAUCUGAUCACAGGACAGAAUGAAAAUUCCACAAUGGCUGCUGUUCAGAAUCUGAUUCUCCUCUGCAAUGGAAGGAAAUAAGGCCAUGUGCCGCGCAGACCCACGUGAACACCUAAUACAAAUGGUUGAAAGAGACACCUAAUGGGAAAGAUUUGGAGUCCUAUGUGGAUAGCAGGAAAGUUGAAUUCAAUAUCCAUUCCAGCCAUGCAACAACGCACUUAUUAGACCCAUCGGGUGGAGAGAGCAGCCACUACACCCAGAGUGGACUCUAAAGCUUAGAGAGCUACUGUGAUUACUUUGUGUUACCACUGUUAAAAAAUUGGCUAGAACUGUCUGAAAAGAUAAUAAAUAACCUGUGGUACCAUCCAACUAACCACAUGUUCAGUAGGAAACCACUGAAGCGCAUCUGCUCAGGAGCAGACUGUUGUCACUGUAGCCUCCAGAAGUUGAGUAGUAGACACUAUGGCCUCCAAUAACAUGGAAAUCUUCAUAUCAUUGUCAUGCCUGCACCAAAUCUUCUGUGGCUUUGUAGUUGUAGAAGAUAGUUGAACCCAUUGUGAGGUUUCAGUAGAUAUGCUAUAUACAUCAUGGGAUUGUCCAGCACCAAGCCAGUUCCUUACACAGUGUCCACUGUAAGAAGAGUGUGUCGUAAUCAGAGGUCCAUCAGCAUAUUCCUCCUCCGCACACCGGAAAACGAUUUCCUCACUAUCAACACCACCACCGCAACAACCGUCCCGCCUAGGACCAUGCCGAUAACCAGUGCCGGGUAAUUUGGGGCAGCUAAUGUAAAGAAACAGACCUUGCCUUAAUUUCUUUAAGAAUUAGUUUGAUAAAGCAAAUGACUGCUGUCUCUCUGCGUAUCCUGCAGCUUUUACUGUCUUCAUUGCUUUGGUGUUUCUUAUCACCAAGGCAUUAAUAUUGUGAAGGCCCAUACAAAACUGAGCUGUGUUGUGUGCAUGGAGCAGAAUGACAAACGUAACUGUGCAUGGAUGCUAUUAGGGCACUGGUGAAAAACUCAUAAGGAAGUGGCAAGGAAUGUAUUUAGUAAAAGUUGCAGGUGCGCACAUGUGUCUUACAAACCCUCAAGGCUGCAGGUCUUACAUUACAUCACUAAAAUGGCCAAACUACGUAGGAGUUUAUUUGUCAUUCUCUCUCUGUGUAUUAUGUUCCUCCCCCUUAUUAUAUUUUGUGUGUGUGCAAUAUGUCAUCUCCGGUGUUGUUGUAUACAAAAACUAAUAAAAGGAACAUAACAGACAAA